AUGAGUACCUCUUAUAAAGAUUACGAAGACGUUAUUGACAUAUUCACUCAACUUGACAAUCUUUCGAAAGAGAGUGAUGUGUCUGUCACGACUCAUCCUCUGCAUGAGGAGACUGAGGAACAAGGCGCCAGAAUGCUGCGGUACAUUAGUGAGACGUCAGCAGUGUGUCCCAAGGAGUCUGGGCAAGAAUUUACACAACUGAAGCCUGUGGAAGACUCUGGUGAGAAGUUAGAAGACUCAUCCUCUGUAACGACUUAUCCUCUGCAUGAGGAGACUGAGGAACAAGGCGCCAGUAUGUUGAGGUACAUUGGUGAGACGUCAGCAGUGUGUCCCAAGGAGUCUGGGCAAGAAUUUACACUACUGAAGCCUGUGGAAGACUCUGGUGAGAAGUUAGAAGUGAGUCCCAAGUAUGGGGAAGGAUCUACAGUACUGAGGAGACGAAGGGCUGUACAUAGUGGUGAGAAGUCAAAAGUGAGUCCCAAGUAUGGGGAAGGAUCUACAGUACUGAGGAGACGAAGGGCUGUCCAUAGUGGUGAGAAGUCAGAAGAGAGUCCCAAGUAUGGGGAAGGAUCUACAGUACUGAGGAAAAGGAGGGCUGUACAAAGUGGUGAGAAGUCAGAAGAGAGUCCCAAGUAUGGGGAAGGAUCUACAGUACUGAGGAAAAGGAGGGCUGUACAAAGUGGUGAGAAGUCAGAAGAGAGUCCCAAGUAUGGGGAAGGAUCUCCACUACCGAAGAAACGGAGGGCGGUACGUAGUGGUAUGAAGCCUACGUUAUGUGACCGGUAUCCUGGUGAGAAGUCAGAAGUAUUUCCCAAGUCUGGCCAAGAAUUUCCACUACUUAAGACUGUGGAACAAGGCAGGCUGGGGCAUACUGGUGAGAAGUUAGAAGCGUGUCCAGAGUCCGGGGAAAGAUCUACACUACUGAAGAAGCAAAUGGUGGCAGAUAGGCCGUCAUGUUACCAGUGUGGGAAAACCUUCAGCGACCGCAGUGGCUUAAACAGGCACAUGCUCGUCCAUACUGGCGUUAAAUCUCACGUGUGUGAAGAGUGUGGGAAAAAGUUCCUUCGAAAUGAUUAUUUGCAGCAGCACCUGAUGGCCCACAGUGGUGAUAAACACUUCCUGUGCAAGCACUGCGGGAAAAGAUUCUGCCGACUUGGCAACUUGAAUGAUCACAUGAUGGGACAUAAUGGUGCGAGACCUCACAUGUGUCAUGUGUGUGAUAAACUAUUCAGCAGACCGGACUAUCUGAAGGACCACAUGGUGGUUCAUAUGAUUUGA